AAUAUGUGAAUAUAUAUAGUAUUCCUCCAGUUGUUCUUAACCCCAAAGAGGAAGCCACUCCCCACGCCUCAGCUAGAACUUUUUUGCACCUAUUGUUACCUCUCCCUUUAAUGCUAAGGGGAUAACACAAAAGGAACUGACCUGUGGUGCACUAAUUUAUUUGAGUUCCUUUUCUGUUUGCUGGGUUCUAACUCUAUUUUUUCUGGGUUUUUUUGGGGGGUAAUAAAUGAAACCAAAAAAAACUGAAGCUUUAGUGGGCACAAUUUAGCCGAUUAAGAGGGACCAACACUGCAGUAGUAGCCCUGAACUAACUGAAGCAGAUUGAGGCAUUAAGCUCAGGGAACGACAAAGAAACUCUUCAUUAAGCAAACCAAAUUCAGUGUUGGGUAGUACUUGCCUUACUUUGGCAUUUUGAGGUAUUAAGCUAGGUGAAAAGGUGAUACGCAAAAGCUCUUUACCAAGCAAACCAUAUUCAGGCUUCAUAACCAAGCUGGGUAUACAAUUCCCUCUAGGCAUUAAUAGUUUUCCUAUAUUAACACAGGAGAUGUUAAAUUGCUGUGCUAAACAACAACAACAACAACAUACCCAGUAUUAUCCCACAUCGUGGGACCUGGGUAGGGUAGUGUGUACGCAGACCUUACCCCUACCUUGUGAGGAUAGAGAGGCUGUUUCCAAUAAAGGCUCAUCGUGCUGUGCUAAAGGCUCAUCAAAUGUUAUUGACCAUCAAACUAGCCACGGGACUGUAUUUUUCUAUUAUUAAGUGCUCCUCGCCUACACAACAGAUUAAGGGAAAAAAACAGACAGCUCAAUUUCAGAUGGAAGAAGCUUCUCUUGAUAGUGAGGUAGAUCUUACUGGGCAAGGCAGUGGGAGAUCGCAAGAAAUAGAGUCAGAUGGGUUAGAUGACCAGAACAGUGAGCAAAUUGAGUCAGAUGAAUUAUUUUCUCAAAGUGGUGGGCAAAUAGAGUCAGAUGCAUUAGAUGAUCAAAAUGGUUUUACUGAUGGGCAGAAGCAAUUUGUUGCCCCAGCAGUAGGAAUGGAGUUUGAAUCGUAUGAUGAUGCUUACAACUAUUAUAAUUGUUAUGCCAGGGAGGUUGGUUUUCGUGUUAGAGUAAAAAAUUCUUGGUUCAAAAGAAAUAGCAGGGAGAAGUAUGGUGCAGUACUAUGCUGCAGUAGCCAGGGCUUUAAGAGGAUUAAAGAUGUAAACCGGCUGCGCAAGGAAACAAGAACUGGUUGUCCUGCAAUGAUGAGGAUGAGAAUGGUGGACUCCAAAAGAUGGAGAGUACUUGAAGUUACUCUUGAACACAAUCACUUGUUAGGUGCAAAAGCAUACAAGUCCAUCAAGAAGACAGGUGCUGGAAACAAGAAAAAGUUGGAUUCUAACUGUGAUGCUGAAGUCCGCACAAUCAAGUUAUAUCGGGCACUUGUGAUUGAUGCAGGUGCGAAUAGGAAUGCCAAUUUUAGUGUAAGGAGGUGCAAAACUACAUCUGAUUGUCACGACAAGCUGAAUUUAAGAAAAGGAGAUACGCAAGCCAUGUAUAAUUAUUUCUGUCGAAUGCAAUUGACAAACCCAAACUUCUUUUACUUGAUGGAUCUGAAUGAUGAAGGGCAGUUGAGGAAUGUAUUCUGGGUUGACGCCAGGUCAAGGGCGGGAUAUGCUUACUUUAUUGAUGUGAUCUAUUUUGAUAAUUCAUAUUUAUGCAACAAAUAUGAGAUUGGACUUGUGGCAUUUGUGGGCACAAAUCACCAUGGUCAAUCAGUGUUGCUGGGCUGUGGCCUACUUGCGGGCGAGACAAAAGCCUCUUAUGUUUGGGUGUUCAAAGCUUGGCUCACCUGCUCACUUGGACGUUUCCCUCAAACAAUUAUUACAGAAAGAUGCAAGAUUUUGGAGAGUGCAAUCAGUGAGGUGUUUCCGAGGUCUUCUCAUUGUGUUGCUUUAUCACACAUCAUGAGGAAAGUUCCAGAAAAGUUGGGAGGGUUGCGUAACUAUGAUGCUAUUAGAAAGGCAUUAAUUAAAACAAUAUAUGAGGCUCUGAAACCAUUUGAUUUCGAAGCAUCAUGGAGAUUUAUGAUCCAAAGAUUUGGAGUUGGUGAUCAUGAGUGGCUUCUUUCACUCUAUGAUGACCGAACUAAAUGGGCUCCAGUUUAUUUGAAAGAUACUUUUUUUGCUGGAAUGGCCACUGCCAGGUCUAAUGAGACAUUGACUGCUUUUUUCGAUAAAUAUUUGCACAAGCAAACUCCCCUAAAAGAGUUUCUUGACAAAUACGAAUUAGCUUUGCAGAAAAAGUACAAGGAAGAAGCGGUUGCAGAUACAGAGUCAAGAAACUCGAACCCUGAACUCAAAACAAGAUGUUCCUUUGAGUUGCAGCUUUCAAAAGUGUACAGUAGAGAGAUCUUCAAAAGAGUUCAGUUAGAGGUGGAGGAGAUGUAUUCUUGUUUCAGCACAACACAGUUACAUGUUGACGGGCAAAUGGUAAUAUUUUUGGUGAAGGAGCGUGUUUUGGGAGAGGGAAAUAGGAGAGAGAUACGGGAUUAUGAAGUUCUGUACAACAGAGCAGCAGCCGAAGUUCGUUGUAUUUGCAGCUGCUUCAACUUCUAUGGAUAUCUGUGCAGGCACGCGUUGUGUGUACUGAACUUCAAUGGUGUGGAAGAGAUCCCUUCAAAGUACAUUUUAUCACGAUGGAAAAAGGAUUACAAGCGAUUAGGUGCAUCAGAUCUUGAAUCCAGUUCUACUGAGUCUACUGAACACGUUCAAUGGUUUAGCCAGUUGUAUAGAAGUGCAUUACAAGUUGUGGAAGAAGGGGUGAUAUCCCUAGAUCAUUAUAAAGUAGCUCUAAAUGCAUUUGAAGAGUCUCUGACCAGAGUUCACCACAUUGAAGAAAAACUAAAUAAAUAUUCUUUGUAAUUAACGUAUCUACUUUCAGUCCUUGUAAUGAUGUAAUCGAGGGGUGUCUGAAUAUCUUGUUUAUAAUGAUUAUAGAACUGGGUUGAUAUUAAUACAUAUAGUUCUUGCUUCAUUUA